AACUUUGGAUGUCACGUUAUUUAUUAGUACGUAUCGCCGAAGAAUUCGGUAUACAAGUUAGUUUUGAUCCAAAACCUAUUCCUGGUGAUUGGAAUGGUGCUGGAUGUCAUACUAAUUUUUCAACCUUAGCUAUGCGUGAACCUAAUGGACUUGAUGCUAUUCAUAAAGCAAUCAAAGCACUUGAAACACGUCACAAAGCACACAUAAAAUGUUAUGGAAGAGAUAAUGAACGACGAUUGACUGGACGACAUGAAACAGCAAAUAUCAAUCAAUUUAAAGCUGGUAUUGCAAAUCGUGGUGCAUCAAUUCGAAUACCUCGUCAAGUUGGUGAAGAAAAAUGUGGUUAUUUAGAAGAUCGUCGUCCAGCAUCAAAUUGUGAUCCAUAUGCUGUUACGGAUAUUAUUGUGCGCACUGUAUGUCUUGAUGAAAAAGAUCGUGAAACACUUACUUAA